UUUCCAUUAGAUAUCAUCACUUUCACCUUCUUUAAAGCCCAUCAUCUCUUCCUCCUUUCCCCCCUCACCACCUCUUCUCCAUCCACUGCUCCGCCUUUGCCGUGGUCUCUUUUGCCAUGGCUGGCCUCAUUUCUGGUCCUUUCUCUGGCACCGAUGAGAAUCAUCCUCCAACCCGGCAAUCAGGAGGAAGAAUAUGCAGGGUUUGUGGUGAUGGUGUAGAAAUAAAACAAGACGGAGAACCUUUUGUAGCAUGUCAUGAAUGUAGGUUUCCUGUCUGCAGGCCCUGCUAUGAGUAUGAAAGAAGUGAAGGCACUCAAUGCUGUCCUCAGUGUAACACUCGCUAUAAGCGUCACAGAGGCUCCCCAAGAGUCGAAGGUGAUGAGGAAGAAAGUUUUGAUGUUGAUGACUUAGAUGAUGAGUUUGAGAAUAAGAUUAACCAACACCAUCCUACCAUUCAAUCUGAAAAUGGGGAGUAUAAUAAACAGCAUUGGCAAGCUAAUGGCCAUCCUUUUUCUAGUUCUGUUGCUGGAAGUGUUACUGGAAAGGAUUUUGAUGGAGAAAAGGAGGUGAAUGGAAAGGAUUUUGAAGGAGAAAAGGAGAUUUAUGGUAACAGUGAUGAAUGGAAAGAGAGAGUAGAGAAGUGGAAAAUCAGGCAAGAAAAGAAAGGUUUAGUUAGCACCCAUGAAGCCGAAAAUGAUCAGGCUGAAGAAGAUGAUUUCCUGAUUGCUGAAGCAAGACAACCACUAUGGAGAAAAAUCCCUAUCUCAUCUAGCAGAAUCAACCCUUACAGGAUUGUAAUAAUCUUGCGGCUUGUUAUUCUUGGCUUUUUCCUCAGGUUCCGAAUAUUAACUCCAGCAGAAGAUGCCUACCCUUUGUGGCUCAUCUCUGUUAUUUGUGAGACUUGGUUUGCUUUUUCUUGGAUACUUGAUCAGUUCCCCAAAUGGUUUCCUAUCAACCGAGAAACUUACUUAGACCGGCUUUCAUUGAGAUUUGAACGUGAGGGAGAGCCUAACCGUUUAGCCCCGGUUGAUUUCUUUGUCAGUACAGUGGACCCUCUUAAAGAGCCACCCAUCAUUACUGCAAACACUGUGCUAUCCAUCUUGUCUGUUGAUUAUCCAGUUGAAAAAGUCAGCUGCUAUGUAUCAGAUGAUGGUGCUUCAAUGCUUCUGUUUGACACACUGUCUGAAACUUCUGAGUUUGCGAGGAGGUGGGUCCCCUUUUGUAAGAAGUAUAGCAUAGAGCCUAGGGCUCCUGAGUUUUACUUCUCUCAGAAAAUGGAUUAUUUGAAGGAUAAGGUUCAAGCUACAUUUGUCAAGGAUCGGAGAGCCAUGAAAAGAGAAUAUGAAGAGUUCAAAAUCAGACUUAACGCAUUAGUGGCAAAAGCAGUAAAAAAACCAGAAGAAGGGUGGGUUAUGCAAGAUGGAAAUCCAUGGCCAGGGAAUAACACACGUGAUCAUCCUGGGAUGAUUCAGGUUUAUCUAGGAAGUGAGGGAGCACUAGAUGUGGAAGGUAAGGAGUUGCCGAAGCUAGUUUAUGUCUCACGUGAGAAAAGACCUGGAUACAAUCACCACAAGAAAGCCGGUGCUAUGAAUGCAAUGGUUCGUGUUUCAGCAGUACUUACAAAUGCACCAUUCAUAUUGAAUCUUGAUUGUGAUCACUAUGUCAAUAAUAGUAAGGCUGUAAGAGAAGCUAUGUGCUUCUUAAUGGAUCCUCAGUUUGGAAAGAAGCUAUGUUAUGUCCAGUUUCCUCAGAGGUUUGAUGGUAUUGACAGACAUGAUAGAUAUGCUAAUCGGAAUAUUGUGUUUUUCGAUAUUAAUAUGAGAGGGUUAGAUGGGAUUCAAGGGCCAGUUUAUGUAGGAACAGGAUGUGUAUUUAACAGACAGGCAUUAUAUGGAUAUGACCCUCCAGCAUCAGAAAAGAAGUCGAAGAUGACAUGUGACUGUUUUCCUUCAUGGUGCUGCUGUUGCUGUGGUAGGAGGAAAAAGGCCAAAUCAAAGAAUAAGAAAGGAAUUAAAAGCUUGCUGAGUAGGUUAUACAGCAAGAAGAAGAAGACGAUUAUGGGGAAGAAGUACACGAGAAAGGCAUCCACGCCUAUCUUUGAUCUGGAGGACAUUGAAGAAGGACUUGAAGGGUAUGAAGAAUUGGAGAAAUCAUCCCUCAUGUCUCAAAAGAACUUUGAGAAAAGGUUUGGUCAAUCACCAGUUUUCAUUACUUCUACACUUAUGGAAGAUGGAGGUCUUCCUGAGGGAACAAACUCUACUGUUUUGAUUAAGGAAGCCAUUCAUGUUAUUAGCUGUGGGUAUGAAGAAAAGACUGACUGGGGAAAAGAGAUUGGAUGGAUUUAUGGGUCGAUAACAGAAGAUAUUUUAACCGGUUUCAAGAUGCACUGCAGAGGAUGGAAAUCAGUGUACUGCAUGCCAAAGAGACCAGCUUUUAAGGGAUCUGCACCGAUCAAUCUGUCAGAUCGGUUGCACCAAGUUCUGAGGUGGGCUUUAGGAUCAGUUGAAAUAUUCCUAAGCCGACAUUGUCCUUUGUGGUAUGCAUGGGGAGGAAAGCUCAAGUUACUAGAGAGGCUUGCUUAUAUUAACACCAUUGUUUACCCUUUUACCUCUAUUCCUCUGCUUGCUUAUUGUACCAUACCAGCAGUCUGUCUUCUUACAGGGAAAUUCAUCAUUCCAACACUGACAAACUUGGCAAGUGUAUGGUUCUUGGCUCUAUUUCUGUCCAUCAUAAUAACGGGAGUCCUCGAGUUAAGGUGGAGUGAAGUGAGCAUAGAAGACUGGUGGAGAAACGAGCAAUUUUGGGUGAUCGGUGGUGUAUCAGCUCACUUGUUUGCAGUAUUCCAAGGCCUGCUAAAGGUACUAGCAGGGGUAGACACCAACUUUACAGUGACUACAAAAGCAGCUGAAGAUCUCGAGUUUGGAGAACUGUACCUUUUCAAAUGGACUACACUAUUGAUCCCACCUACCACCUUGAUCAUACUCAACAUGGUUGGUGUUGUAGCUGGUGUAUCUGAUGCCAUUAACAAAGGGAACAACUCGUGGGGCCCGUUAUUCGGAAAGCUAUUCUUCUCCUUUUGGGUGAUUGUUCAUUUAUAUCCUUUCCUGAAAGGUUUGAUGGGAAGACAAAACAGGACACCAACUAUUGUGGUGUUAUGGUCUGUUCUUCUUGCAUCAAUCUUCUCCCUAUUGUGGGUUAGGAUUGAUCCUUUCUUGCCUAAGCAAACGGGGCCAAUUCUCAAACAAUGUGGCGUAGAGUGUUAGCCAAGUCAUGCUCCUUAAUUUGCUACCUGUUUUUACUUUUUACUUAUACACACUGCAAGAAAAUUAUAUCUGUUUUUUGUAUCAAACUACAGUUAUAUUUUUUGGUUAUCCUGAUAAAAGAGCUAGAACAAUUCUUUUCUACUUAA